ACAGCAACAGCUAGGAUGUUGCGAUAUCGCUGGCAGCCAAAGAUUGCUGUGGUUGCAGAGAUUAGACCGCUGGGUUGAAACCUCUGCCUAAUGUUUUGGUGGAUGUCAAAUUGUGCGGUUACCUAUUAGCAGCUACGCUUGCGGCAGACGGGGUCUUUUUGAGCCUCCCUUUCGAGCCGACGCUUGUUUGUGUUGAUGAAAGGCUGCGUCGCGCUAGUGCGUUAGCUAACUAAAAUCAUAGUUUUGACUGUAAAUGGGUGCAAUUAAAUAGCUAGACGCGCAGCUAGCUAUGUGGCAGCCGACGGUCGCUUCACUUCACUGAGGAUGGAAAGAUCUUUUCGGGCAACGCUAUCGCACAAGUUACACGUCGGACACAUCGCACUCGAAGACGUUAUCUUCAGAGGAUAACCUGGAUAACCUUAACGCACACGAAAUGUCAUAGCGCGUAAGUAGCUAGCACUUAGCUAGCUGGGUAAUGGCUGGACGAGAUGGAGAAGGACCUAAUGUUAUCAUCGUCAGCAGCCGACCAUGAACAGCUGGAUGGAUAGCUAAAGAAAUACUUUCUCCGGAGAUGCUUUAGCCUCCUGGGUGGUGUAAUUCACUUACAUAACAGCUAGUCGCAACCGCUCUAGCUAUCACCAACUGGCUUGUGUUGGCAGGCAAAUGGGAAAUUUGCCACCAAAAAUCUGGGUUCUCUCAACAUCAGCAUAAGUGACAAAGGCAUCGCUGCAUGUUUUGAGGCUCCGAAAUAGAGACUCGUUUAAAGGUGUACAAUCUGAGCUGCACCGUUUAUCUCUGCACCAGUUCAGCGCGCACAGGAAACGGCAGCUCAUCUGGGUGUCUGUGACUGAAGUCCGCACAUCAUCAUCCUCCCUGUCGUUCGGACAACAUGAGGAAGUUCUUUGAUUCUCGUCGGGAGUUGGUCAGCUCCGGGCCUGGUUCUGGAGGAGGAGGUGGCAGCUCCGGGUCCAGCCAUGCAGGAGGGAAUUUCAUUGGCCGAGCCUUCACCGUCGGCCGACACCAAGUCACUGUUGAGGAGAUAAUUGCUGAAGGUGGUUUUGCAAUAGUGUUCCUCGUGCGAACAAAUCAAGGGGUGCGUUGUGCCCUGAAGAGGAUGUACGUCAACAACGAGCACGAUCUGCAGGUCUGCAAACGUGAGAUUCAAAUAAUGAAAGACCUUGUCGGUCACAAGAAUAUCGUUGGUUAUCUGGACUCUAGUAUCACAGCUAUGGGAUCAAGGGAUGUAUGGGAGGUUCUCAUACUUAUGGAUUACUGCAAGGGAGGGCAGGUAGUCAAUUUGAUGAAUCAGAGGCUGCAGACCGGCUUCACCGAGUCUGAGGUGCUGCAGAUCUUCUGUGACACCUGUGAUGCUGUUUCUCGCUUGCACCAGCGCAAGACACCCAUCAUCCACAGAGACCUUAAGGUGGAGAACAUCCUCCUGCACGACAAGGGUCAUUAUGUGCUGUGCGACUUUGGCAGCGCCACUAACAAGUUCCAGAGCCCGCAGACCGAAGGAGUCGCCGCCGUGGAGGAAGAAAUCAAAAAGUACACCACUUUAUCAUAUCGUGCUCCUGAAAUGGUGAACCUCUACAACAACAAGAUUAUCACUACUAAGGCAGAUGUCUGGGCACUGGGCUGUUUGCUGUACAAGUUGUGCUUCUUCACUCUGCCCUUUGGUGAAAGCCAGGUGGCCAUCUGUGAUGGCAGUUUCACCAUUCCAGAUAAUUCCCGUUACUCUUACGAUCUUCACUGCCUCAUUCGGUACAUGCUGGAGCCAGACCCAGACAAAAGACCUGAUAUCUACCAGGUGUCCUUCUUUGCUUUUAAACUAGCUCAGCGGACCUGCCCUGUUCAGAAUGUGAAGAAUUCUCCAAUUCCUUCGAAACUUCCUGAGCCAAUCAAAGCAAGUGAGGCUGCUGCAGCAAAGAAGAGCCAGGCCAAACCCAGACUGACAGAUCCAAUUCCCACUACUGAAACCUCCAUCACCCCUCGCCAGAGGCCCAAAGCGGCGCAUACCCAGCCUGCUGCUGGCAUCCUACCCAUCCAGCCUGCUGCUCUCACCCCUCGCAAGCGGGCUAAUCUCCCUGGUGGUGCAGCUCAGCCUGUGGGAGUCAGCUUAGACCUCUCACAGCCAGCUGCAGCUCUCCAGUCACAGAAGGCGCAGACUUCAGCUCUGCCACUCAUCCAGUCACAAAACAAUUCAAGUCAGGCUGCAGCUCCACAGAAGCAGGCUGUGCAGCCAGCCGCAGCUCCAGGAACAGAGACAGCAGCAGCGCCACUGGUGACCAAGGCUGACGUCCAACCACAAGCACAGCCAGCAGUUCAGCCACAGACCACGUCUCCCUCCGUGGCCAGCUCCACCUCUCAGCAGGCACCGCAGACUCCAUCCAGCCCGGCUCCACCUCAGCGUCCAGCUCGGCGCAAGCAGGCCAGCGUGGCUCAGCAGCCAGAAGCUCAGCCUUCUCCCACCAAGCCGGCCCCCGCUCAGCCGGUGGUAUCUCAGCAGCAGCAGCAGCAGCAGCAGAUAACUCAACCGUCAGCUGCCCAGGCUCAGCCCGCCUCCACCGAGAUCAGCCAAAAGUCAGCUGAGACAACUCCACCUGCUACUCCAAAGACAACUGAGGAACGAGGUCACCAACGCACACCGAGUGACGCCACAGUGAGUGCUGUUACUGCUGUUCCAGUGAGUGAGUCCUCACAGCAGCCGCAAGGAGCUAACGGAGAAGCUGCCCACAAUCAAUCACUUACAUCUCAGUCAAGCACCACCCAGGCUGUUCAGCUCGGUCUUACUGACGCAGUGCAGGACCAAAGUAAAGCUACACCCACUGCUCCUGCCUCUGGCGGUGCCAGCAAUACCCCCACACAGCCAGCGUGGAACCCCUUUGACGAUGACACCUUCUCCAAACUCGCUGCUGAGGAAUUCAAAACUGAGGACAAAAAGGCUAAUGACCUACCUGUAGAAACCGAGACAACAGGAGAAACUGAGGAGUUGAUACCAGGCCUGCAGGCCUCAACUUUGGAUGCUACACCCCAAGAAACUGUUGAAAGACCAUCAGCCAUUCUUGAUGUGGAAUCAGGAGCCUCGCUGCUGGUCGUCCCCGAUCCUUUCCAUACCCUGGAACUGUCAGAUGCACCAGAGAAGCUGAUUGAAGGACUCAAAUCUCCAGACACAUCUUCACUCAUGCUUCCUGACCUCCUGUCAUUGUCUGAUCCCUUCGGUGGCUCUGUGGAAGAGUCUGCAAAAGACCCUCUCACUGCAGACGACUCUCUCCUGGGCUGCUCUUUGAUCUCUGGUCCAUCUGCUCCUCCGGCGGCAAGCAGCGCCACCUCCUCCGUCUCCUCCGCUCCCACCUCCGCUGCCUCUGCUUUGGAUGAUUUCAGUCUGUUGUCUGGAGACUCCACUCAGCCGAAAGCGGACUCGUCUCUUCUGAUCUCAGACUUCGAGACCCAACAAACCAGCGCGGAGGCCGGCACGGAGGACGAGUUCGAUCCCAUUCCCGUCACGGGCCGAAAGAAUUCCCAAGUUUCAGGAGGCCACUCGCGCAGUAACAGUGGCGGCUCUGAAUCCAGCCUGCCCAGCUUGGCCCGCUCCCUGCUGCUGGUGGAUCAGCUCAUCGACUUGUAGGCGGCCCUCCCCUUCCCUCCCCCAGUAGAAGCUGUAACACUGGAUUAUAGACUGGCAUAGCAUAACAACAAUCAACACUGUUGUCAUAGCUAGCUUCCUGCACCCCCUGGCUGUCAUCGUCAUUGUAGCUCCUACAGUAGAAACUGUCCGUCGCCUUUCAGCGCUUCUUCUUCUUCAUUCCUGCCCUUUCCACCGCAUCGACCGCAUUUAUCUGGCUUCUCUUCGCCUCUCAUCUCUCACCUUCACUUUUUCUCUUUGUUGUGCAUCAUGUAUUGUCCACUGGGGGAAACAGUGGCCAAUACGCUAUCAUCAUCAUCAUCAUCAUCCUUUCUGAAGUUUAACCAUCCUUCUGUCAAUCAGGAUAUAAUAUAGCUAUCCAGUUUGUUUGAACAAUACUGCAUUAUGUCUAAUAGCAAACAAUAGAAGAUCAUUGUUGUAAUGUAUAAUAGGCAUAGUUCUAAGUGGUUGUAGUUAUUAUCGUGCACAAGUGAAUUUGUCGUCGUUUGCCUUUUUAAAUUCUCCUCCCCAGAUUUAUUUGCACAUUUUAAAGAAAAAAAACAAGCAGAAUGACCAUUAAUUCAAAUGAGGUUUAUUUCCCAAAAAAAAAAAAAAAAGAAGUCAUGUAGCCUGAUUUGCACAGUUGCGUAAGUGUAACCUCUGUCAGGGCUGUGGGAUGGAAUAUCUUUUCACAAUUUAAGCUGCUAUCGAUUAGACUGGAAAACAUCGACUCAAGUUCCAAUCUAGAAACAAAACAGACGGUGAAGCGCCCAUAAAACAGUCUGAGAGGCGAGCUGUCGGCCGGUGGAGUCUGCUAAAUGGCAACACAACCGUCGUACAGAUUCUGUCCUAACAUCCAACUUGUUUUCCAGACGAUCCAAACAAAGCCCCAUUUGCUGUUACUUUAAGCUCCGUUUUCUUUACGUUUUUUUUUUUUCUCGAGGCAAGCAAUAGGUUGUGUUGGAACUAAAUGACAAAUCAGGGUCAUUUAACUGUGCUAAUAGCAACGUGCCAUAUCAAUAAAAAUGCAUGAAAUCAUGAAAAAUAAUUUGAGUAAUAAUAAGCAGUAAUAGAAGGCAGUAGAAAUACAGUAGCAGUUAUAAUAUAUAUAUAGACAGAGCAUUCAUGACUAUUCAGGUAAUUUCUUGGCACUUGCAGAAAGUCUAAUACGUCAUUUUAAAUUAUUUUCACGCGCUCACUCUUUUUUUUUUUCUUUUUUUGUUUUUUUAAAUAUCUGCAUAUUCAUUCCACAUUGUGCAAUCCCUCCUACAUUCCUCUCAUUUGUUUAAUUUAUGUAAAUAGAUAUCUGCAACCCCUGCAGGCUCUUAUCCAGACCGUAUAUAUGAAGUCAUUGUCAUAAAGCUUUACUCGUGGAAAACAUAUUGCUUUACUUGUGAAAUCUCUCUCUCUCGCUCUCUCAUCUAUAUAUACAUAUAUGUGUGUGUGUAUAUAUAGAUGAGACGCUGUUUUCCUGUUAAUACAUGUUAAUAUGAAUAGAGUGUUAGAGAAUGAAUGUAAGUAAUAAAUAUUAGUCUAUAAUAAAAUAUAUCUAUGAUUCUUAACACCAUAAUCAUUCAAUAAUAUUGAAGAAUACUCUAUAUAAAUAUUUCAUUCCUCUUUGUGGAAUUUGUGUGUUAAGAAAGUUUUUUUUCUUGGUUAUAUCUACUUAAUAAUUGUCAGUACAUUCAAAUGUAUAGAUGAUAACCCUGGUCUCUGUUCAGCCCGGAAGAUUAGGCCCCCCUUGACCCCCGUGUCUUACUCCACCUCUGUGAAAAAGAAAAGCGAGCCUGUGUUCUGUUUGUUUACAUGGACUGACGAAGGAUUAUAUUUUUAUUCAAAAACAAGUCUUCUGGACGGUGGGAGUUUAAACCGCUUGAAUUUUAGUCCUGUUGCGUUUGUGCUUUUUUUUUUUUCCAAGGCUUUUUGUUUUUGGCUUUUCGUGAUCACAGGAUUCAUAUCAAGAAGCAUGGCAGUGUUGUUGAAUGUUAUGUUCAUGUGUGUUGGUAUACAGUGUUAUGAUCAGUAUGUAUGUGCGUGUGGAGUCUGAAUUGUUGGAUGUGUUUUCCAGUAGCCUACUUGUGUUGUUGUUUGCUGCAAAAUUUGGCAACGGUCACGUUGUCAUUAAAAUCCUCCUUUGAAAGCACAGCGCCCCCCUUCCCCCCAACAACCCUCCACCCUCUAAAUUCUCUCAGGUAGUCAGAGCUACAUCACUCUCUUUCUCCGAGAGCUGGAAAUGUACAGUAUUGGCUUACUGCUCCCCCAUCCUCACUGUCCUCUAGAAGUCUGCGCUUCAUAUUACAAGUUCACUGAGAUCUCGUCUGGUGUGUGAUGUGUGAGGGGCUCUGUGAAGUGCCAGUCUUGGGGUGACGAUGCUGUAGCGGUGCUUCGAUUAUCAGACGGCGUCGGCUGUCUAGGGUUAGAAAACAUCAGCUCCAAUCAGCAAUAUAAACGUUUCUGAUGGAUUCUUUGCUUCCCGUGCAUGAUUACAGAGGGAGGACAACCUUUACCUGUUGCUUUUUCAUUUUGUCGUGUUAAAAAGGGAUUUUAAAAAGCACACUAAAUGGUAUGUUUCUGUGAGAACGACUGAAAACAUACCGAUGGAGUGAAAGUAAUUCUGUUUAAGUAAUCAAGAGUUCAGCUUAACAAGCAUUUAGAGUAAAAACAUGUCAUCUUAACGCUGAUAAAGUGCCCAAAUCUUAAUACGUUUUCACACAUGAUUAGAUAUGAGUCACUUACUUACAUGUAAUACGGAUUAAAAUGCAGUUAUCAAGUUGAAACACUAGUACAACAUACAAUUUUUAAAAACCUAGAAUCUGAAAACAGUGCCAAAAGCAUGCAGCGCACUAACUGUUUAGAUGAUCUUUAACAAGUAAAGGUCAACAAGUCUCAUCAGAGUUAAUACUGGUUUCUGUGUUAUCUCAGUGUUCUCGAUCUGCCCCCACAAUUAAGAGUAUUUUGAGCAGAACCUUGUCUUUUGAAUUCGUUUGGGACCUACCAAAUCUGCAGAAAAGUGACGGAGGAAGCUGUUUUCAAAGCAACCAGUCUCUUGGGUGUUUGAACUGCAAGGUGCUGCAUGUGCAAUCGAAGGCUUACGUUCUCUACCAUCCUCUCUAUGGUCCUUCCACUGAACAGCUCAAGUCAUUCGCAGUUACUGUUCGAACCUAUGCAACUCCCGAGCUUUCUCUCCCCCCCCCAACCCCCGUAGCCGCCAGUGUGCUGUUGUAAUCAGUAAAGCCGAGCAAGAUAAGCCCUCGAUGUGAAACAGACGCCCCUCGUUUUUUCUCUCUGUUGUUUCGCCAAAAAUGAAAGCUGUCGAUUAUCUGAUACUAUUGAGUGUUUUGAGACGCCUCCUGUCGUUAUGGCCCCGAACCUGCGUCAGAGCUGUGAUAUCGUGUGCUCCUUCUAUUUUUGUGAGAUAACUAAAGAAUUAUAAAGGGAUGGCAAAUAAAGUACAAAUGUGAAUGUCAA